AUGCUAAUUUUAAUUUUCCGUACAAUAUCCAAAGCCAACAUCAGAAUUAAAGUUGGAGCAUCACCUAAGGACAACAAGAAAAAUUAUUUAAAACUCAAAAUUUUUGCAAAAAGGGUAUCGAUGAAUUUAGAAAUCAUUUGUGUGUUCAUAAAAAAGAAAGAUUUAAAGCUUCCUAAUAUCGGUGAAGCAUUAAUUUUUAAGGUUGAAGCAAAUUGCACUAGAAAUUAA